AUGUCAAUCCUUGGCUGGCUGGUGGUGGCUGUCCUCGCUUACUUUGUCCACAAUGCAUACCAGCGCAUCCAGUUCUCGCGCAAGAAGGCAGAAUUCAUCCGCGACCGCAGACGCGCUGCUGGCAUUCCAGACAGCGACAAGCGGCCGUUCACAGUAGCGCGAGCUGAUGCUCUGUCUCGAAGAUCGCAGCAAAUACAAAACGAGGCCCAUACUACACCUAUCGCGAGACGCAAGAGCAGCUUUGGCGCGGCCAAGUCGCAAGCAAGCAUCGACCAAGAGGCCGCCUCCCGAUCAUCAGGCAUCCCUGGAACCCUUCCUGGCUACCUUAAGGACAGCGCUUCGUCCCUGACAAUACGAAAAGCUCGCAAAGAGCCAUGUCAUUCCACUAUCUCUCCUUCCACGCGUAGUCCCUCUCCCAUCAAACAUCGAAACUUUGACAGAAGCUCGUCUCACAAACUAUCAAAGCGUCCGUACUCUCAGAUGCAGACUUCCUCCACACGAAAAGGUGAAAGUGCCGGUGAGCAUAUCCUUGAACAUAGCUCGAGCUCUCGGCGCGAUGAAGUGCGACGUCGAAAAGCCUCAGCAACGAAAUCAGCGCUCAGAGAGUUAGAAGAGGACGGCUUGGAACGACCCAAAGCGCAGAGGAUCUCGGUUCCUGGCGAUUUUGGGACUGAAGAAGCGACCAUUACGGAUGAGGACAUGUCGGAUGUACCGUCGAUGGCCGCAGCAGGUCCGGAGAAAAGCCACACUCCUUCGGAAGCCAUGGACGAAGACGAAGAAUUCUCUCCAUCUCAAGCGGAUCACAGAGGCAGAACUAGCCCGGAACGUGGUGCGCCUCUACGAAAGCUGCAGACGGCGGCGCGUCCUACCGCCAAGAAGCGAGAGGCCGACGAGCUAGAAGAGUCAGACACCGAAGGCAGCUUUGAUUCUACCUAUGAUGAAGAGUACGUCCGAUCUCAAACACACAGUACUAAGCGAUCACGAAAGGUCAAUCAGGAGCUGGACCCAAGCUCUUCUCUCGAUUUUGACAUAGCGCUUCCCGAAGAGGCCAUGGUUGAUUUCGACCCGAUUCACGCGGACACCUCUUCAACUUUAUACAAGGCCAGUUCGGUUGGAUCGAGAAGUAAGCGACAAGCCGACACUUCAAACGACCGACAACCAGGCGAAGAAUGGACCGACCUGGAAGGCCUACGGUGGCGCAUUCAUCCGGAAACGCACGAACUGCAGCGUUGGAGUGAAGUGCUCGAACGACGAUCCAAGUAUCGCAUGCCUCGCGACUCGCUACAUCCGAUGGCGAAGGAAUUGCAUCAAGUGGCGGUGCACAAGUGGCUCAGCAAAGAGGACUGGGAAGAUGCCAAGGCAAAGAAGCUUUUGUCUUUCCAAGAACCUGAGCGGCUGGCAGAGAAGGAAAGGCUAGAUAAAGAGGAAGCUGAAAAGAUGAAAAGAAAGCUAGAGGUGCUUGCUAAGAUCCGCCAAACAUCGUCGCCGAACAAGCGGAUCCAGUCGUAUCUUGCUCAGCGGCAGUUGCAGCACAAGAUGUCAAGAGGCGAGAUGAGCGGUGACGUUUCGAUGAACAGCUACGUUACACAUGAAACCAAUGGCGAUGCAGCAAGCAUGUCGAUCGAUUCAAUGUCGAUGGCAGGUGAUAGGGCGACACCGAGUAAGCCGAGAUCGAGGAGAAUCUCGUUGCAAAGCAGAAUGACGCCGAUAAGAGGGGCUGAUGUAGCAAGUGUCGGCCGGGAUGGCAGCUCAACAUCCGGAGCAUCUUCGCCCUCGGACAGUCCUAACCGACAAAGCAGAAGUCCACUUGCAUCACCGUAUCGGUCGAUCGCAUAUCCGAAGUCGAAGAAAGGUGCAUCGGGCACCUCUUCGCCAUUAGUUACGUCUGCAUUUCCAGCUUCACAGCAUCCUUCGUUCUGA